AUGACGAACGACGGCUUUCAGUCCUCCUCUCCGCAGUCACAUCUAUACUCGGCCUCUCCGCAGGCUUCCUCGUCCAGCUCGACACUCGAGAGCUUCUUUGGCACCUCGGCCUCGUCGUCCGCCGCCACCACCACCCUCUCCGAGUCGCUGCCGCAGCGGGCUACCAGGCACUUCCAGACGCUCCGGCACAGGAUCCGCCGUGCCACGGCCUCCCCAGUCUCUUCGCCCGACAACAGCAGCGACGAAGAGGGCAGCAAGCCGCCUUUAAUAGCCGACUCUCCGUCUGCCGUCCCCUCGAGAUCGAGAGACGCCGAGAGGAUGGAUGCCGUACGUCAGCAACGCGCCCGCGUCAUUUCCAACCUCGGACCUAACCGCAAGCUCGAAGGCGAGCUGGGCAUGGAGGCCGAGUCGUCGUCCAGCAGAGCCAACGGCCUCGCUGUGCAGCUCACCCCGGCGGUCCGGCAUGACGAAGUCCAGCAGCAGCAGCAACAGCAGCAGCAGCAACAGCAGCAAGCGACGAGCUCGGCGUUCCUCGUGUCGUACUUCAUAGCCGGCGGCGCAGCGGGCGCGACGAGCAGGACCGUCGUCAGCCCACUCGAGAGGCUCAAAAUCAUUAUGCAGGUCCAGCCUCUGGACGCCUCGGGCAGCGGCGGCCAGGGCGGCGGCGCGGCAGCCCGGGGCAAGGGCGCCUACUCGGGUGUCUGGACGGGCCUGGUCAAGAUGUGGAAGGAGGAGGGCUUUGCGGGCUUCAUGCGCGGCAACGGCAUCAACUGCCUCCGCAUCGCACCCUACAGCGCGGUCCAGUUCACCACCUACGAGAUGGCCAAGACCUGGCUCCGCGAUGCCGAGGGCGAGCUAGACGUCUUCCGGCGGCUGACGGCCGGUGCGGUGGCGGGCAUCGCCUCGGUGGUUUCGACGUACCCUCUGGACCUGGUGCGUUCGCGCAUCUCGAUCGCAUCGGCGUCCAUGUACAGCGAGGCACAGUCGGCCGCGGCCACGUCGUCUGGCAAGAUUUCGCAGGAGGCGCUGCGCCGCAAGAUUGCCGAAAAGCAGACCCAGGUGCCCGGCAUCUGGGCCAUGACGGUCAAGGUCUACCGCGAGGAGGGCGGCAUGCGCGGCCUGUACCGGGGCUGCGUGCCGACGAGUGUCGGUGUGGCACCCUACGUGGCCCUCAACUUCGUCUUUUACGAAGCAGCACGCAAACGCCUGACGCCGAGCGACGGCAGCGGACCUUCGGCGCUGGCCAAGCUGGCGUGCGGCGCGCUGGCGGGGAGCAUCUCGCAGACGCUCACCUACCCGCUCGACGUGCUGCGGCGCCGGAUGCAGGUGGCCGGCAUGAAGGACUCGAAGCUCGGGUACAACGACAAGAACGCCAUCGACUGCAUACGCAACAUUGUCCGCGCCGAGGGCCUCCGCGGCCUCUACCGCGGUCUCCUGCCCAACCUCCUCAAGGUCGCCCCCAGCAUCGGUACCAGCUUCCUCACCUACGAGGCCGUCCGGGGCGCACUGGAGACGCAUUUCGUCGACGAGUAG